AUAAUAUGUGGACAAUCUGGAUAUAAAAAGCUUAAUAAUUAGUUUAUCAUAUAUCUCAAGCCACAAAUAUUCUGAUGAUAUAUUUUCAGAGAAUGAUGUAUAAUAGGUGAUUUACUACCUUAAUUUAAUUCUGUAGAAUGUACUGCACUUGAAGUACCUUUGUUAUAGCAUGUAGUAGUUAAGUUUAAAUUUCCCAUAAAAAUCAUUUGCAUGUAAUUAUAGUUUAAUUCUCUACUUUCAGUUAAAGAGCGGAACAGCAGGGGUGUUUGGUACAGGACUUGUGAAAGGAAUUCGUUAUGUAUUCACGACGGGAGCAAAGAUAGCUGUAUUUACAUGGCAAGGAUGCUUUAUUGAAUUGAGAAGGAAGAUGGAUGGUUGUUACAUCGUGAAGGACACACCCAUGGUUAUGAAUCUCAAUGCACAUGAAGCACUGGAACUUCUAAGAAGAAAGGCAGAAUUAGCCAAUGGUCGAGGGCCUGUAACAAUGAUUGUGGGUCGAGUGGAUGUUGGUAAAUCAACUUUAUGUAGGUUGCUUCUGAAUUAUGCAGCUCAAAUGAGGCGAAAGCCAACAUUUGUUGACCUGGAUGUUGGAGAUGGUCAUAUUUCAAUCCCUGGCACAAUUCUAUCCAUCUCCAAUUCAGACCUACAGUACUCAUUCAGUUCCAGCAUUUAAUCACACAUUUAUGGUAAGUGUGUACAUCUGUUCAUUACUUGUGAACAGUUGUAUGGAUAUCUUAGUUUCAAUGGGCAAGACUUAACUAAGGUAAGGUAAAGGUAAAGCUAUCCAUGUAACAGGCUGUGGAGGCCCAUCGGGUUGUGAGACGUUGAGGCUCCCACAUUUUCUAGACAGUCAGCUCACAGUGUGGUUGUCAGCCCUUCGUGACAGCCUGAGGACAAUGAAUCCCUAAAAAGGUUUUAUGUAGAUACAAGCAAGUCUUGAAUUUCUGAGAUGGAUCAAGAAAGAAAACUAUCUUGAUUUGAACACUGAUUUUUUGUUGUGAAAUUUGAUAAUUUUCAUAUAUAAGUGCUUUUACUUUGUACAUUAGGGUUUGAACUAACUGAACAGUUAGCACCAUAAUGGUUGAUAGCACUGUAAUAUAUGAACUUGUUGACAGUGUCUAUUUCUGCUCAUGGUGAGAAAGAGGAUGGCCAAAUUUUUUAAUUGAAAGGUACAUGAACAUUUUCCAUUGAAAAGAAAUGUUAUUUCAGAAGAUAAAGAGUACACUUCAGUGUAUUGUGAAAAAAUUAUUAGUGUUAUGAAUUUUAUUAUUAUUUAUUUAAACUGCAUAUGGGUUUUUGCCCGGUGGCAGUGGUACUAC